AUGCCACUAUUACUUUUGUACAUAUUUCACUCUCUCUCUCUCUUUUAUUUUUAUAAUUUACUGGAACGUAUUUCACCCUUUGGAAAUUCAUCAAGACUUGAUACCUCACCUUCGAAAAGAAAAGUUACAGAUACGGCAAGGCCACCAAGCAAGCGGCGAAAAAGAAAGUCUUCAGCGGGUAAUAAUUCGACGUCGGGAAACGUGAACUCCCGGGAUGCAGUGCCACCAUCAGGAAAACAGAAGAGAUCACCGGGUCCACAGGGAUUUAACAUUGCAUCAUCAGUACCGGGGGAUGUUAUGGUUGUCGGUGAACCAACCCUGAUGGGUGGGGAGUUUGGGGAUGAAGAUGAACGUCUCAUCACUCGUUUAGAGAACACUCAGUAUGAACCAAAUGGUACAGAGGAGGAACAAGAGUCGAAAUUUCAGACUUCUCCCGCAGCAUUACAGCAGAGCCCUUGGGGUCAGGACAAAAAGCCUCCUCCAAACCCUGCCAAUCAAACGGAGGAGAAGACUGAUUAG